AUGGCUAUCAAUGUUGUCGUACACGGCGUCAUGGGCAAGAUGGGACAGCAGGUGCUGGAAACAGUAACCAACACUCUGGGCAUGGAACCUGUCGGAGCAGCCGACAUCACAGCGACUCAGGGCACCAUAGCGCUGCCUGACGGACUUGGUGAUAUACCAAUUUCAGGCUCGCUUGAUGAAGUGCUGGAAGGCGCGGAUGUGGUCGUUGACUUCACGAGCGCAGAGGGCGCGGCAUCCGUGCUCCGAGCCGCAGCUCCUCGCGGAGUGAAUGUCGUCAUCGGUUCCACAGGCAUAACGGAAGCCAUAUACCAGGAGGCGGAGAGCCUUGCCAACGAGCACGAAAUCGGCGCUAUCAUCGCGCCCAAUUUCGCUAUGGGCGCUGUGCUGAUGAUUCACCUGGCAAAGCAGGCGUCACGCUUCUUCGACUACGCCGACCUGACCGAGAUGCACCACGAAGCCAAAAUAGACUCGCCUUCCGGCACUGCGCUUGCCAUCGCCAACGCUGCCCUGGAGGGAAAGCCGGGUGGAUUCAUCGCGCCUCAAUCGGAGAAAGAGCUGAUAGUCGGCGCGCGUGGCGCAACACACGAGGGCAUCAGCGUCCACAGCGCGCGAAUGCCGGGACGUGUGGCGCACCACGAGCUCGUAUUCGGCGCGUUAGGGCAGACAUUCACCAUCCGCCACGACUCAGUCAACCGCGAGAGCUUCAUGCCCGGCGUCGUCCUCGCCAUCAACGAAGUCGUCAACCGCAAGGGCCUGACGAUAGGCCUCGACAAGAUAAUGGCCUAUGAUUCUCACUGCGCACUAUCGGAAUAUCGGAUAUUAUUUCUAGAUUUGGCUCAGUGA